CGAGCGAGCGCCGGGAACGAGCACCGCCCGGGCAGAAGCAGACGGCGCAGACCAGCCGGGCUGCGGCGCGCGUCGGAAAGGCUCUUGGGAAACUCCCACGGCCCGGGGACUUUGGAAAGGAGAGAGCGAGCAGCCCCAGCGCGCGCAAGUCUGCAAGCGAGCGCUGAGCUCGGCACCUGUUCCUCUCGCGCCACCGCCUUCCCACCCCUCCGACCCGCGCCUCCCGGGGCGCCCGCCCGCUCCCGCGAUGAAUCCGGCGCUGGGCAACCAGACCGAUGUGGCGGGCCUCUUCCUGGCCAACAGCAGCGAGGCGCUGGAGCGCGCCGUGCGCUGCUGCACCCAGGCGUCCGUGGUGACCGACGACGGCUUCGCCGAGGGCGGCCCGGACGAGCGCAGCCUGUACAUCAUGCGCGUGGUGCAGAUCGCCGUCAUGUGCGUGCUCUCGCUCACUGUGGUCUUCGGCAUCUUCUUCCUCGGCUGCAACCUCCUCAUCAAGUCCGAGGGCAUGAUCAACUUCCUGGUGAAGGACCGGAGACCGUCUAAAGAGGUGGAGGCGGUGGUCGUGGGGCCCUACUGACCGGCCCUCCGGCCCCCGCGGCAGCCGCCCUACGCCUGCCCACUUCGCCAGCCCGGCCGCGCCCCCUCACCAUCCGAGACAGGCGAAGCAAACCUGUUGGAGUCGAAUUAUUUCUCUCGACUUCUGCCUUUCGGGAUGAAGCGACCUGUUUUUGGCUCGCCCUCUGAAAGUCCCCAUGCCUAGCUGUAGGAGGAGAGCGCCCCGACUCUGAACUCAGCAGCAAGUGGCAAAAAGAGGGCGAAUACAGCGCAGAACUUUGGAAGCUGCCGAUAGCGUGGGAUGUGGAGAGACCGACGGGGCUAAGGCCCUUCUCCACCCGCAGGUGGGCCAAGUCUGGGGGCAGAUGGAGAGGGCGGGCAGGGGAGAGACUCAGCGGCACCGAGUGCCUGGUGGCCGGAAAGGUGACCUGCGUAUACGCCACGCAACAGACCUAAUGGAGACACACAAAUCCGAGUCCGAAUUCGCGCCCGUUCCCUCCCGCUCCUCCCAGCCCUGGCGCGAGAGGCGAUAAAUACCUUUGAUUGUAACGUGCCGUUUUAAGGGAUUUUGUGUUUGUUUGCUUGAAUACAAAUAUUUGAUAAGUCCUUUUCUGCCCUAGUGGCCUGUUUGCCUGCCUGGGGGCUACAGUUUUGUCAUCGUGGGAGAAGGGGUGGGGGGAGGGGGAGCCUGCGAAUGUGAACGGGGUGAGUUGUUUCUUUCAUUGCAUUCCCAACUGGGUCUUUUGGGGGAGCUGGCGCCCCAGCUGGCCCCGGGGCGAAGACCCGGAAUAGAACUCGUAGUUCGUGACUGCACGGUUUUCGCCACAAAAGUGCUCUUGCCAUUCGUGACACCGUUUUGACUUUUUUUUUUUUUUCUUAUUUAACAUUUCCUUAAUAAAUGCAACAUGUAAGUGUUUU